ACCAAAUAAGCACGGAGCACUGCUGAACCUUAACAGUUCACUAUUCUAUUCAAACGGGCACCGUAUUUGUUAGAUUUUCUUGCUUGAGUUGCUUCAAAUUUCGUUAAAUUUCGUAUAACAGUUUUAAGAUGCUGUUCGUGUUUUUUACUGUCCUGCUGUAUGUGGGAGCCUCAUCUGCUGCUCGGUGCUGCCUCAACAACACGUAUUCUGCUACCAUGAUCAUGAAUGUGGCGAGACAACCUCCGGGAGCUGUGGAGCCUUACAUUACUGACCAAACCUUGGACUUGGACUUCGAUUAUGACAGGAAAAUUCAGAAAAUGGUUAUUUCUGGGUACAACCUGCUUCAUCCCGAGUAUACAUUCCAGACGACGAUAUAUAAUGACUAUAAACACUCGAAAGUAUACACACUGUUUAACGGGACGUGCACCAUGGCCGAUCUCGCCGAAGCCCAAAUCGCGCCGUGUAUUCCUGACGACUUCACGACCAACGGAAUGCCCGUAACCAUAGGAACGGGUUCAAAUACAAAGAUGCUGACAUUUUAUUCCGGGGUCCAGAAUGGUGCCUCAAUGACCUUUAGCUUUGAUGAGCACUGCACACCGAUCACGUUCUCAUCCAUGGGGGAUCUACCUGAUGGGACAAAGUUUUUGUACCAGGCCACAUUUGCCAACAUCGGGCCCCUGAGAAGCGCUGACGCUUUUGACCUCCCCGAUGCAUGCAAACACGCUGUCGCAGCAUCUGGGAAUUAAGAACUUUGUUAAACAUCGCUGGAGAUUAUUUCAAGAUUUCUGUAAAAACAGCGUCAGUGUGAAACAACUAAGGCGAAAUAAAUCAUUUUAAGUCCUA